CGCCGCGCCGGUUGCCAAACUGACAGCUCGUCAAAGUCUUCUACCUCCAAAAGUUAUAAUUAUUUUCAACAGUGAAUAGCACAUUUGGAAAACAUGACAAAACCGUAUAAGUUGAGCAACGUUUUGCUCCAUCAUUCUUUAGAUGUUCGAUGCGUUUCAGCUACGGAAGAUGGUUGUAUUUUAAGUGGUUCUAGAGAUAAAACUGCCAAACUUUGGAAACCUGAUGGAUUAACGACGGAUUAUUUUGAGGCGAUGACCUAUCGUGAUCAAAAAAACUUUGUGGGUAGUAUUCUGUAUAUUGAGCCAACUGAAGAUUUUCCCGAUGGUUUGGUUAUUACAGGCGGGAAUGACAAUGCUAUUUUAAUUUAUAAACCUUCAGAACCAUUUGCUACAUCUACAAUUAAAGAACAUACAAAUACAGUGUGUUGCUUAACAAAGGGAUUAGAACCAAAAACGUUUUUAAGUAGUUCUUGGGAUAAUUCAGCAAAGUUAUGGAACUUAAAUAAUGUCCAAAGUUCUUUGGUAACAUUUACUGGACAUUCUGCAUCAGUUUGGUCUGUGAUACAACUAUCAAAUUCAAAUGUAGUAACUGCCUCUGCUGAUAAAACAAUUGGAUUAUGGUUUAAAAAUGGACAAAGAUUCAUGUCAUUAACAGGACAUGCAGAUUGUGUUCGAGAUCUUGCUGAUUUUGCUGAAAACCAAUACUUCAUUAGCGUUUCAAAUGACGCUACUAUUAAACUUUGGUCUUAUGGUGGAGAAAAUAUAAAUACUUUAUAUGGACACACUAAUUACAUUUACAGUGUUGCAAGAAAUUUAGCUUGUGGUGAAGAAUGUUUUGUAACUUCUGAUGAAGAUAAAACAAUUCGAUUUUGGGAAAAUGGAAUUAACACACAAUCAAUUCAAUUGCCAUCUCAAUCAGUUUGGUCAGUUUGUUGUUUAAAAAAUGGCGACAUAGUUACAGGUUCAAGUGAUGGGGCGAUUCGCAUUUUUACACAAGAUGAAUCAAGAUUUGCAAGUGAAGAUGCUCUGAAAGCUUAUGAUGAGGAAGUUAUGGCCCUUCAAAAGCAAACCAGUCAGGAAAUUGGUGGAUAUAAAGUUUCUGAUUUACCUGGAAAAGAAGCUUUAUACGAUCCAGGUAAAAAAGCUGGUCAAAUGAAGAUGAUAAGGGAACCUCAAGGAGUUGUAGCUUAUACAUGGGUUGAAGAUGGAGAUAAUAGCCAUUGGGAGAAAGUUGGGGAUGUUUUAGGUGGCACUGACAAGUCACAAGAAGGAAAAACGAUGUUUGAAGGAAAGGCUUACGAUUUUGUAUUUUCCGUCGAUGUUGAAGAUGGAAAACCUCCACUAAAACUUCCUUAUAACAAGGGAGACGAUCCAUACACAGCCGCACAUAUGUUCCUUUCAAAAUACAAUUUACCGGCUAUAUAUCUUGAUCAGGUUGUAGAUUUUAUUUUGAAAAAUAGCACUACCGAUCAACCAACUGCUAAUGCCGAUUAUGUAGAUCCAUUUACUGGUGGUUCAAGAUAUACACCAGCUAGUGCUUCUGGAGGGUUUGGACAAAGCGGAUCAAACGUAGAUCCAUUUACAGGAGCUAGUAGUUAUUCAACUGGAACGGGAACAGCAACUUCAUCCACAAAGAAGCCAUCAACAGCAACUUAUGGUGCAAAUACAGAUCCUUUUACAGGAAGUGCAAGUUACACCUCAGUCACAAAUCAGUUAUCGAAAUUUUUUCCAUUAAUGGAUUAUCGCACAUUCGAUAUGGGCGACCCUCAGGUGAUUUUAAAGAAAUUAAAAGAGUUUAACCAAAAAGUCGGCGAUAGUAACAAUCAGAUGGAAGAAGCUGAUUUAGAAGAUGUGGUGAAAUUAUGCAAACAACAUCGAUCGGAUUUAAAAUGUUAUGAUAAUUUAUUUAGGUUGUUAAAUUGGCCAGAAGACAUAGUAUUUCCUGUAAUUGAUAUAAUUAGAUUGGCGAUGAAAUUAGAGGAAAAUAAUAAAAUUAUCUCCGAACGAAACGAUGGGGAAAUAAUCGAAAAAUUAAAACCUUUCAUUGGAAAUGAUUGUAAGGUUCAAAAUAACGUCGUGGUAUCUUUAAGAACUUUAAGCAACUUCUUUUGUUAUAAAUCCGGUGAAGAGCUUAUGUUUAAAAAUAGGGUUGAAAUAAUCGAAGAUAUAGUUGGAUUAUGUUCGUCAAAUAAAAAUAUUGAGGUUGGAAUAGCAACAUUAUUAUUAAAUUCGACAAUACUGAGCCAUAAAAAACAAGACGAAAUAGGACUUUAUUUAUUAGCAAAUAUUUUACCAGAAAUGGUUGCGUCAGUGAAUGAUCCAGAAGCGCAAUUUCGUAUAUUAGUUGCGUUAGGAACGCUGAUUUCUUACGGACCUUUGGCUCAUAGACAGCAAGUAAAGUCAAACGUAUUGGAGAAUGAAAAAUUUAAAGAAAAGAUUAAAAUUUUAAGUCAAACCGGGUUAACUGAUGUUGAAGUGAAGCGAAAAAAUUGCGCUUUACAAGUUCAAAACGAGUUGUCUUUUUAAUUAAUUAUAAAAUUUCAAAUACUUUUUGAUAAUUUAUUUAAAUAUAUACAAUUACUAAACAA